AUGGCAGUAGAGGUGCCCCAACUUCGGGCCGAAGACGCCGAAGACGCCGCAGACGCCCGAAGACGCCCGAAGACGCCGAAGACGCCCGAAGACGCCGAAGACGCCGAAGACGCCGAAGACGCCCGAAGAUGCCCGAAGACGCCCGAAGACGCCGAAGACGCCCGAAGACGCCGAAGACGCCCGAAGACGCCGAAGACGCCCGAAGACGCCCGAAGACGCCGAAGACGCCCGCAGACGCCGAAGACGCCCGAAGACGCCGAAGACGCCCGAAGACGCCGAAGAUGCCUGAAGACGCCGAAGACGCCCGAAGACGAAGAAGACGCCGAAGACGCCCGAAGAUGCCGCAGG